AUGUUCUCUUAGAAACAAACAAUGAAAACGAAGCUUCUUCUUCUUAUGUUUCUCAUGUUCCUCCUUAUUCUUCACGAACCCAUUUACAUUCUUGCCUCAACAACAUACCCUCUUGUUCCCUCACCUGAAGUUCCACCCUUUUCUCCAUUUUCCGCCUCAACUUCUGCUUCUUCUCCAGGUGUUGUGAUGGGAGCUGAACAGCAACAAAUUGAUUCACACAAGAAAAUGGUAAUAGCUAUUGCUGUUGCCAGCACUUCACUUGGUGCAGUCAUUUUGUGUGUUUUAUGCAUCUGGAUUUACUACACCAAGUAUCCUUCAAAACCCAACAGGAAAAAUGUUAAAAGUUCAGAUGCUGAGAAAGGGCUAGCUUCAGCUCCAUUUUUGAGUAAAUUCAGCUCUGUCAAGAUGGUUGGUAAGAAAGGGUGUGUUCCAAUAAUUGAUUAUAAGCAAAUAGAAAAAGCCACCAGCAAUUUCAAGGAAAGUAACAUUUUGGGUGAGGGUGGUUUUGGACGCGUUUACAAGGCUCAUUUGGAUGAUAACUUGGAUGUUGCCGUCAAGAAACUGCACUGUGAAAGUCAGCAUGCUGAGCAGGAAUUUGAGAACGAGGUGGAUUUGUUAAGUAAAAUUCUACAUCCAAAUGUAAUUUCUCUUCUGGGUUGUAGCAGUAAUGACGAUACGAGGAUUAUUGUCUAUGAAUUGAUGCAAAAUGGAUCAUUGGAAACUCAUUUACACGGACCUUCUCAUGGCUCGGCCUUGACUUGGCAUUUGAGGAUGAAGAUAGCCCUUGACACAGCAAGGGGAUUAAAAUAUCUGCAUGAGCACUGUAACCCUCCGGUGAUCCAUAGAGAUCUGAAAUCUUCUAAUAUUCUUUUAGAUACAAAGUUCAAUGCCAAGCUUUCUGAUUUUGGUCUUGCCAUAACUAAUGGGUCCCAAAAUAAGAAUAACAUCAAGCUUUCAGGCACAUUGGGUUAUGUAGCCCCAGAGUAUCUUUUAGAUGGUAAAUUGACCGAUAAAAGCGAUGUCUAUGCUUUUGGAGUGGUGCUUCUGGAGCUUCUAUUAGGAAGGAAGCCUGUGGAAAAACUAGCACCAGCUCAAUGCCAAUCUAUUGUCACAUGGGCCAUGCCACAGCUCACCGACAGAUCCAAGCUUCCAAACAUCGUGGAUCCUGUAAUUAAGAAUACCAUGGACCCCAAGCACUUGUACCAGGUUGCUGCUGUGGCUGUGCUGUGUGUGCAACCUGAGCCGAGCUACCGUCCUUUGAUUGCAGAUGUUCUUCACUCGCUCAUCCCUCUUGUACCUGUGGAGCUUGGAGGAACACUGAGAGUUCCACAAAUGGCCCAGCAAGUUUUACCAGCUGAUCCACAUGUGGAUUCUAAUCAAUGAACAAUUUGCGACAUUACGUAGUGAGAAUCCAUCUGGGACAUGUUUUGUGAUGCUACCAAAUUAGUGAGGCUUUGUCAAGGCUCCAAAUUACAGAAUGAUUCAUAACAACCACACUGAUUCUGUAAUAGAUGCAGCCUAGGAGUGACCUGAAAUGCUGAACAAGUUCAUAGGGGAAGAGUAGGCCUAAUGGGGUAGGCGAUCUUUGGCUUGUUAAUGACAAAUGAGAAGAAAUUAAUUUCACUUUUUGUGAAAAUGUGUAUAGAGUGGUGAUUUUGUUGAACGUUGAACUGUUCAGGGAGGAUCUGAUUGUCUUCCAUUCCCUCUUUUGGCUGUUAUGAAAUUCAACAAAUUGGG